AUGUCUGGGAGGUUGCUGAAGAAGGUUCUCAAGGAACAUGAAGAAUCGAAACACCUGAAUCAUCACCACGACGACGAAGAAGAAGACGAAGAAUACGAGGAUCUUGGUGGCUCGAGAGGCUCGAUUAAUCCUUUUGAUCUCUUGAACGAAGGUGAUGAUGAUCCUGACUCCGAAAAGGUCAGUAUAUUUGGAUUUUACCUCCCCAACAUUUGA